UCUACGUUCUUAUCUGUUCUAUUGAGUUUAGUGUCACUCUGUGAGACCAGUUUCCAUGGCUAGGGCACAUCUUAUAUCUUCUCCUAACGUCUCUUCACUCACAACUGGUGCAAAUCUUUGGGGCAGGAAACUCUCCUUCAACAGUAUUUACUAUGAAACUUCUCAGCUCAAAAUAAAACCUCAAACACAAUACAAUCCUUUGAGGUUUCAACAAUCAGCUUUUAAUCAUCACUACAAAGGCAUUGAAAGAGGAACAACAAACAAAGAUAGCAAUAAAAGUUAUGUUGUGAAAGCCGUGACUGUACCAUCUUCUGAGUCAGAAUCUGAAGCUUCCAACUUCAAAAACAUUGUCGACUCUGUCAAAAAUUUCAUGGCCGUUUUGUACCAAUUUAUUUACCCUUACGUAUUUUAUGGUCGAACAUCAGCUACAAUUUCUGCGUCUCUGGUUGCAGUAGAAAAACUAUCAGAUAUAUCUCCGUUGUUUUUUAUUGGUUUGUUACAGGCUUUGUUACCUUCCAUAUUUCUGGAUCUUUACGUUAAUGGAGUGAAUCAAGUCUUUGACUUUGAAAUAGAUAAGAUAAACAAACCAUAUCUUCCAUUGGCCUCUGGGAAAUUAUCCUUCAGAAAUUGUGUCUUUAUUGUUGCCUCAUCUGCAAUUUUGGGCUUAGGGAUUAACUUGAUGAUAGGUUCUACUGCAUUGAUUUGGAACUUUGUGUUGUGCGCAACAUUAUGGACUUGCUAUUCUGCCAAUUUGCCUUUCUUACGAUGGAAGAAAAAUCCGGUGCUGGCAUCAUCAGUCAUGUUAGCUUGUUGGACACAUAUACUUCCAGUUACAUACUUCCUUCAUAUGCAGACGUUUGUGUUGAAGAGGCCACUUGUGUUUACAAGAUCAUUGAUUGUUACUCUGCUGUUCUUGAGUAUCUACACCACUGGUUUAGCAUUAGGCAAGGAUAUACCUGACGUAGAAGGAGAUAUAAAACAUGGCGUUGAUACUUUCGCAGCACGUUUAGGCCAGAAAAAUGAAUAUCUACAUCCAACAAGUGAGAUAUCUGUAUUUAGAUAA